CCCUCUCGACGCACCAGUCCGUCGGCGCCUUUCUCGCCGUCGUCGGCGCCCGUUCUCUACCGAAAUUUCCAAAAAAACGCUCAACCUAAGACAAGUUACGGUUGAUCCACGGUGCAACCGCAAAUGAGCUACGGUUCCUUUUUUUGUUUGUUUUUUUUCCAACUUUUGGAGUGAACUUUACCGAUUUUGAGUCGCUAGUCAUGAUCCAGACAUUAUAUCGACGAUUCCAACUCCAGAAUGACGAUGAUGGAUUCUCUCUUUUAAAUAAUGUUUUAUUUUCUUUAAUAAGUGGGGUUUGUUUGCUAAAAAAAAAGUAAAAAAGCUAAAAAGAUUAAAUUUGUAACUUUGAUGUUUUUUAGGACCACAUUCCUACUCACUUGACCUGAUUCUAUGUAUCAUCAAAUAUAAUAUUAGAAAUUGAGUUAUGGAAUCCCGCACCCGAACCCACUCCCGCUCGUGAUACUGAGUACCGACGAUGGUUGACUGAGGUCUGAAGCUUCAGCUGCCAUUCCUUUUCCCUAGCUUUCUCUUCCCCGCUUCCCUCAUCUCUUUUGCCUUUGCUUAUUCCUGUAGCAGUAAGAACCAGAAGAAGCAGCUGUGCAUUGAGCUGUCUGCUCGGCGACAAAAUCACUGUAAGUAACUCGCUCCCGGAUCUUUUCUUUUUCUUUUUGAACAGUACUCCGUUUCUAGUAUGCUUUAUUGAACCCACCAUCAGUGAUCGAUUCACAACACUCCCUCGCUACGAAUUCUUAACUUGUAAUGGCUCCAGCAUCUUCAGAUUCGGCCAUUACUAUUAGCCUUAUCAAUUUUUGUCUUGUCGUGUUGUGUUUGUACCUGGGUUUUCCUUUUGCCUCUUUUUCCCCCUUUUCUUGUUGGUAAAGAAUAGAUGCAAAGCCGCAAGUGUAAAUUUUGGGUCGCUUCAUUUUACAGAUGAGACUGAUAAAUUGAUCUGGGAAGUGGGUUUUGUUUUUGACAAAAUGGAGUCCUGCGAUUGCAUCGACACACAAUGGCCCCACGACGAGCUUCUAGUGAAAUAUCAGUACAUCUCUGAUGUACUGAUUGCAGCUGCAUACUUCUCCAUCCCAGUAGAGCUCAUUUACUUCGUGCAAAAGUCGGCGUUCUUCCCUUACAGAUGGGUUCUCAUGCAAUUUGGGGCUUUCAUCGUUCUGUGUGGAGCGACCCAUUUCAUUAAUCUCUGGACUUUCUACGUCCAUUCCAAAGCAGUAGCCAUUGUGAUGACGAUAGCCAAAAUGUCAUGUGCCAUUGUGUCCUGCGCGACUGCUUUGAUGCUGGUUCACAUCAUUCCAGACUUGUUGGGCGUCAAGACUCGAGAGUUGUUCCUCAAGAACAAGGCGGAACAGCUCGAUCGUGAAAUGGGUUUGAUUCUAACACAGGAAGAGACUGGGAGGCAUGUUAGGAUGUUGACACACGAAAUUAGAAGCACAUUGGAUAGGCAUACGAUAUUGAAGACCACACUUGUUGAGCUGGGAAGAACAUUAGGGCUUGAAGAAUGUGCCUUGUGGAUGCCUGCACGGUCUGGAUCGACUCUACAGCUUUCUCACACUCUGAACUACAAGAUACAAGUUGGAUCCACUGUGCAGAUUAACCAUCCAACAGUUGCUGAGGUGUUCAAUAGUGCUCGUGUAGUGAGGAUACCGCAUAACUGUCCUUUGGCAAGGAUUAGGCCUCUUGUGGGUAAGUACCAGCCACCAGAAGUUGUUGGUGUUCGUGUCCCUUUGCUGCACCUCUCCAAUUUCCAGAUCAAUGAUUGGCCUGAAAUGUCUGCAAAGAGCUAUGCUGUCAUGGUCCUCAUUCUCCCUACAGACAGUGCUAGACAGUGGCGAGACCAUGAGUUGGAACUUGUUGAAGUUGUUGCAGAUCAGGUGGCGGUUGCUCUUUCACAUGCUGCAAUUCUGGAAGAAUCUAUGCGGGCACGUGAUCAGCUCAUGGAGCAAAACGUUGCUCUGAAAUCAGCUCGCCAAGAAGCAGAAAUGGCAAUCCAUGCCCGCAAUGAUUUUCUGGCUGUCAUGAACCACGAAAUGCGGACACCGAUGCACGCAAUCAUUGCACUGUCUUCACUUCUUCUGGAGACGGAGCUAAAUCCUGAACAAAGAGCAAUGUUAGAGACUAUACUAAAGAGUAGUAACCUAUUGGCAAGACUGACUAACGAUGUCCUAGACCUCUCUAGGCUUGAGGAUGGUAGCCUGGAGUUGGAUAGUGGUUUGUUCAACCUUCAUGACGUUUUCAGAGAGGCUGUUGAUUUGAUAAAGCCUAUUGCUGCUGUGAAAAAACUGUCUAUGACUUUGUUUAUGGCACCAGACUUGCCUGGUUAUGCAAUUGGCGAUGAGGAACGGCUUCUGCAAAUCAUUCUCAACAUUGCUGGGAAUGCUGUCAAGUUUACCAAGGAUGGUCAUGUGGCACUCAUAGCAUCAGUUGCCAAAACAGACUCCUUGAGAGACUGGCGGCCUCCUGAGUUUUACCCUAUCUCAAGUGAUGGCCACUUCUAUCUGCGAGUGCAGGUGACGGAUUCUGGAAGUGGUGUUCCUCCACAGGACCUACCAUCGCUGUUUGUGAAAUUUGCUCAGCCUAGAAGUGGAUCCAGUCGUGCUAACAGUGGCAGUGGACUUGGACUAGCCAUUUGUAAACGGUUUGUGAAUCUGAUGGGAGGGCACAUAUGGCUGGAGAGCGAAGGGCUGAAUAAAGGAUGCGCGGCUACCUUCAUCGUCAAGCUUGGGAAUGCCGAUCAUCAUGGAACUUCAAACAUAGCCACAUUGCAGAACGCAGCAUCCAGAAAUCACGCGAGUGCAGGUCACAUUGAGCAGCAUAAGCCAGUUUUCAGAGACAUGGAUGUCUCAGGUCAGCGGUACCAGAGAAGCCUUUGAGAGAUCGAUUGGUACGUCAUUAAUGGUAAGCAAAAAAGGUGGGUAUUUAGGAUUUGAGGUUGUUGAUGUACUCACUGAGUCACUGGCAUGUAUGUAAUGUAAUGUAAUGUAAUGAUGGGGACUGGAUUCAAUUUCAAGCACAUAAUGAAUUUUUGUGCCAGUCUUUUUAUUCAAUUUGAGUCCUAGAAUGAGUUCCAAUGUUUUUCAUCCACAUGCAAAGUGUUUUAGUAAACUAGGAGAGUAAAAGUAUAAGCUUUUAUGUUUUAAAGCGUGAUUUUGAUUACAUUGAGUGUAGUUGUAGUUUGGAGUUUUCACUAAACCUACAUAUAUAGGUGUAGAGAUAAUCUGAUGUAAUUCUGAUUCAGAAAAUCAUAAAAAAUCAAACACUCUAGGGUAAAAAUUGGCUUUCGGUUUUUUUUUUUUUUUUUUUGUGGUGAACCAAAAUCAGAACCGUUGGAUAGUUUUCGGUCACUGUUGGUGGCAAUACCCGAAUUGGAUUCCUUUCCGCCCCUAGUUUGAAUCGUGUGUUUAGAAUCAUUGUUCGGUCUUAGAAUCGUUAUUCGUGAAAUGAAGGUAAUCUUGAUGUUAUAAUAAUGCAAAGAUUUUGUCCUCAAUAGUGGUUUUGCACGUAUUUAAAGAAAAUUGAUAAUUCUUU